UUCGACAUGGUUAGAGGUGAUGGACAGAGACUCAAGACUGACCCGUUUCCGCCUACUCUUCUAUCUUAUCCUAGGUUAGGUCAGCCUCCCAAACAAAGUCCGCGACCUGCGUCCUCAUAAUAAAAGACACCGACUGACAUCCCUGGCUACUCUGUGAGAGACGAGGACAAGGACACCUGGCGAGGGCUCGUGCUGAGACAUGUUGACAGUUGCGCUUGCAUUGAGCGUCAUCCUCACUGCUUUACCAGGCUCUGGGGGUAGUAAGUGGACCAUAUCCUUCACCAGGAGAGAGAUCUGUGUCUGGGCUGGGACCACUGUCACUCUCCCCUGUUGGUAUGACUACCCAUCAGGACACACUGUCAGGAGGGUGAUGUGGUUCAGGGUCUCUGGUCGGAGGGAGUUUGCCCACCACUCUGACUCCAGCUUGGUUAGCAUGUCUUAUAGAGGAAGGACAAAGUAUACAGGCAGCCAUAAAAGCUGUGGGAUCCAGAUCACCAAUGUGAAGCUCGGCGAUGCUGGACAGUACCACUUCAGGUUUGAGACAGACCACCCACAGGGACGAUGGACCUCCCCGGACACCGUCUCGCUCUCUGUCACAGAGCUUCAGGUUCAGGUCCAUCCUGCGAGGACAGCCAACAUGUUUGGGUCAGGAGAGACAGUGUACCUGGGCUGUAUAGCCAGAGGCUGUGCUGCAGCAGGGAGGAGUCUUGCGCUCUACAGGAACGGCAUCAACCUGGGAUCACCUGAAAAGUGGCUGACCAUCUACAACUUUGACAGCCAGCACGCUGGUGCCUACACCUGUCGCCCAAUCCCCCCACAGAAUGUCCAGUCUCCGCCGCUGGCCUUGGCUCUGGGACAUGCUCCUCGUUCCACAGUGAUUGAGGUGAGUCCCAUGGGUGUGGUAGUGGAGGGGGGCUCUGUGACUAUGACCUGCAGCAGCAGUGGGGCUCCGGCGGUGGAGAGCUAUGCCUGGUUUAAGGACAGGGAGAGUGGCAGCAUUCCAGACAGCUUCAGACCCCAGCUCCACCUGAAGAGGGUGUCCCACACCGACCGGGGAGAGUACUUCUGUGUGGCACGCAACCCACUUGGUACAGAGAGGUCCAAACCAGUCCUGCUCAAUGUCACAUACACUCCAAAGAGCACCAAGGUGUUGGUCAGUCCAGCAGGAGACAUCAAGGAAGGCUACUCUGUCAACCUGAGCUGCAGCAGCAAGGCCCACCCCCCAGUGGACCGCUACGCCUGGUUCAAGAUCAUGGGGAGUCAGACUUGGGCCAAAGGGUCAACACAGAACCUCUCCUUCUCCAGCGUCCGCUCACAGAACGGAGGACAGUACUCCUGCACGGCCUGGAACCAACACGGACAGGAGAGCUCCCCUGUUGUCACCCUGGCCGUUCUCUAUGCCCCUAAGAACACGUCGGUGUUUGCGCAGCCCUCCAGUGUGAUCGACGCGGGCCGUCCUCUGACUCUGACUUGCAGCAGCCAGGCCAACCCAGCGGUGGACAACUACACGUGGUUCAGGAUCAAUGCGGCUGACGCCUGGGUAACGCGAUCGGGCCCCAGCUACACCAUCGCUGAGGUCAGCCCCGGGGAGAGCGGCCAGUACUACUGCGAGGCACGCAACCGCAUCGGCGUCCACAGCUCGCCUGUCCUCACUGUCAGGGUCAGAGGCAGACUGAAGGUUAUCGCCCUGGCCUCAGCUGUGGGCGUGUCUGCUGGUCUCAUCACUCUCACUGUGGCCAUCAUGAUCAGCAAAAACAUGCACAGAGUAGACAUGGAUUAUCCAGAGGAAAACAAGAAGAGGCCAUCAGUGACAUCGGACACACUGUUCUACGAGUCAGUCCAGCAGAGCCUUCAGCUGAGGACUGGCAAGAUGUCCGACAUCCCAGAGGAGCCAGAGGAGGUGUAUGAGAGUGCCCACCCCUCCAUCGUACCCCUGAAGGAUGCUCCACCCUGCACAGAAGCAGACAGCAUCCUCAACUACAUCACCGUGCAUUACUCCAGGAUCCCCAGUCUCGACCAGAUUCAAGUUACAAAUAUACCACUGGAUGGCGAUAAAGAGCCAAAGGAUGCUGCCGAUGUUGUUUACACUGUCCUGGCCAGACCACACCAGUAGUGGUGCAGAUGAGAACUGUAGCUUCCUCUGCUCAGUUUAUCAGUUGAGUGACAUCGCCAGAAGGAUCUCUACCAUCUACCCCUGAACUGCUUCUGAGCAGGCCUGCUCACUCUAAGCCAAUUUACUGUUUUAUCUAAUUUACUACAAAGUCUAAUUUACUAGGAAUAGUUAAAGUAGUUACUUUUAAUUCAUUUUGCAUUAUAAGUGGCAUUAUAACUCAUUUAUUAGCAUUUAACAUUUUACUAGUAGUGGCCAGAUUAUUAAAUAUUCUGAUAGCAGAAUCAUCCUAAAAAUUAUACUUUUUCACCCUCAGAAGGAAAUCAUUUUGUGUAUUUCCUCUCUGGGUUCUCUCUAUCUCCUCAGUUAGAUAUCAUUAAAAUGUAACAUACUUUACAAUGAACCCAGUUUGGUAUACAUCAUCACUCAUGCUAGGCUUAUGGAGGAUGUCUGUAAAUGUGUUACUGUACAUACCUUAUGUUUAGGGUAUGGUUGUUAUGUCCCAAAUUGCUUGUUGAAAUAGCUUGUUGUCAAAUAAACAUUUUUAAAUGAAG